GGACCCAUCUCCCCGCCACGUCCUCUCUUUCUUCCCCUCCCUUCCGGCCUUCCCCACCGGGCCAGCCACGGCCCCACCGGCCACGCCACCACCCCUCCCCUGCCCUCGCGACCUCCAACCGCGCCGCCGAUGACGAAGCCGCCGGCGCCGGCGAUGCAUUCCCCGGAGCGGGCCGACGGGCCGCCCGGCCUCCGCGCCCUGCCCGCCCUCUCCUACAACACCCACCGCGCCCUCGUCCUGGGGCUCACCUUCCUCGCCUACGCGCUCUACCACGCCUCCCGCAAGCCGCCCAGCAUCGUCAAGCGCGAGCUCGCCCGGGCCUGGCCGCCCUUCGCCGACCCGGCGCUCCUCGGCGCCACCGACGUCGCCUUCCUCACCUCCUACUCCCUCGGCAUGUUCGUCGCAGGCCACCUCGGCGACCGCCUCGACCUCCGCCACUUCCUCGCCUUCGGCAUGGCCACCAGCGGCGCCGCUGUCGCGCUCUUCGGCGCCGGGUACUUCCUCGGCCUCCACUCCCUCGCGUUCUACGUCGCCGCCCAGGUGAUCGCCGGCCUGCUCCAGUCCACCGGCUGGCCCUCCGUCGUCGCCAUCGUCGGCAACUGGUUCUGCGGCCGGAGGCGCGGCCUCAUCAUGGGGGUAUGGAACGCGCACACCUCCGUCGGGAACAUCACCGGAUCGCUCGUCGCCGCCGCCAUGCUCGGGUACGGGUGGGGAUGGUCGUUCGUCGUCCCGGGCGGGCUCAUUGCGCUCGGCGGGGCUCUUGUGCUUCUCUUCCUCGCGCCUUACCCCCAGUACGUCGGCUUCGGUCCGGCGCCGAUCGAGCCCGUCGCUGAGGAGAGCACGGACGGGGAGGACAGCAGCAGCAGCGCCGCGAGUGGCGUUGGGAAGGACAGGCGGGAUGCCGUGGGGAUUUUGAAGGCCCUCGCCAUUCCCGGCGUGGUCAUCUUCGCGCUCUGCCUCUUCUUCGCUAAGCUGGUUGCGUACACGUUCCUGUACUGGCUCCCCUUCUACUUGAGCCAGACUGCUAUUGGAGGCGAGCACAUGUCAGCUGCAUCUGCUGGAUAUCUAUCAGUUUUGUUUGAUGUAGGUGGAAUUAUUGGUGGAAUUCUUGCUGGCUUCAUAUCUGAUCAGCUCAAUGCUAGGGCCACAACAGCCGCAGUCUUCAUGUACUUGGCGAUACCAUCACUUUUCCUCUUUCAUGCAUAUGGCAGUAUUUCAAAAGCGACAAACAUUGGUCUGAUGAUGAUCAGUGGUCUGUUUGUUAAUGGACCCUAUGCUCUAAUAACAACUGCCGUUUCUGCUGAUCUCGGCACUCACAAGUCUCUCAAAGGAGAUUCUCGUGCAUUGGCCACGGUAACGGCAAUUAUAGAUGGGACAGGAUCUCUUGGUGCUGCAUUAGGUCCAUUUCUUACCGGAUUCAUUUCGAGAAGGGGGUGGGAUUCAGUGUUCGUAAUGCUUGCUCUUUGUGCGUUUGUCGCUGCCGUAUUGUUGUCGAGUCAUGUGAAAAUAGAAAUUCCUCAGAUCAUUGAGAAAUGGAGAAAUCGCUCAACUAACAUGAGGAAUGGAAAUGAAGAUUCUGAUGUUCAGCCACUUUUAGUGGAGGAAAGCUGAUGGCAAGGCAGCUUUCAUUGCUGCUGUAGUGUGAGGCAGUUUUGUAGUGUUGUUGUAAGUGAAGAAUGCGUUGGUUGAUGGGUUCUGGAGAAAAGCCAACUCAGGCCGAGAUAAGGAAACAGUUUCUGUCUCUGGUGCUUACAAUCUGAGCAGACGAACAUGAUUGACAUAGCAUCUGUUGUGGUAUUUGUCAAAUGAUGGUCCAUCCACAGUAGAAUUUUGGAUUCGUCAAUCUGCUGUAACUUGUAAGAAUACUUGUUUUUUCACGUAUCGAAAUGCACUCACUCUUCAGGGUCUAGAUGAACAUAUAUAGGGAGAUAGAACAUUGACUUGACAGUCUCAAGUAC